AUGUUAACGACCAUCCCUCCUCGUCCCGUCUCGGUCAAUUCUUUGGCGAGCCCUCUCUCCUCUUCCUUAUCAUAUCAGAAGACCGGUCGAAGCACUAGUGCGGAGAUCCAGAUCCACGAUGACUCCGCUGCUCCGACCUCGGCCCCUGCGUCCGCAGACUGCCAGUCCCCCGUGGAUACCGAGAUGAACGAUAACGAUACGCAUAGCCGCUUGGACGACCCUCCAUCUUAUCGGUCUGAGGCUUGUUUUGACAACCUACCAAUUGAGAUUCAUGAGGCGAUUCUCGAUUGUUUAUUUGGUGAACGGGCGCCGGCAUCAGCAACAGUAACUCAUGGGAAAUCUGCUGCGCGCAGCUGGACAAAAGCCCUGCGACAUCCUCGACGAAAGGUCCUAUCUAAUCUUUCUCUAAUAUCGCCGGUUUGGAGGCCUCUGGUUCAGGCUCGUAUCUACAGGCAUAGUAAGUAUGUCGUCUUUUUAUUCACCUGA